AACAGAGGCGGACUGACCAUUUGAGCACUUGGGCACUGCCCGAGGGCCCGGGGUCAGUAGGGGCCCCCAUGAGAUGCCCCUGGUACCUUUCAUUGUCUUUUUCAUAGGCUUUUUUGGGUGUGAGCAAGGACACAGGGGCCCCAUGAUCCCUAUUGCCGGGGGGCCCCAUGAGUUGUCAGUCUGCCCCUGCAUGGGACUCUUGAAAUAAUUCUCCGAAGGUAUUCUCUGCAUUAAGGUAAAAAAACUUUUGCCAGCCCCCCUUAAUAUUUACCUGAGCCUGAUGUCGAUCCAGCAAUGUGCA